CUGCGCAUCUUCCGCGAUAUAUUAAGAAGAGCAGACAAGAAUGACGACGGAAAACUGUCCUUUGAUGAAUUCAAAGCUUACUUUGCUGAUGGAGUUCUGAGUGGAGAAGAACUGCAUGAACUUUUUCACACGAUCGAUACACACAAUACUGACAAUCUUGACACAGAAGAGCUCUGCGAAUAUUUUUCCCAGCACUUAGGAGAGUAUGAAAAUGUUCUAUCUGUCUUGGAAGACUUAAACAUAACCAUACUGAAGGCAAUGGACAAAACAAAGAAAGACUAUCAGGAAGCUUCCAAUUUGGAGCAGUUUGUGACUCGCUUUCUUUUGAAGGAGACACUGAACCAGCUUCAGUCCCUCCAGAGCAGCCUGGAGUGUGCCAUGGAAACCACGGAGGAGCAGACUCGGCAGGAGAGACAAGGCCCAACAAAACCAGAAGUGCUCUCAAUUCAAUGGCCAGGAAAACGCUCAGCUCGAAGGCUUCAGAGGAACAACAGCCUGUUGCCAAAUAGCCCUCAUUUUAGCACAGGUUGGAUCGAGGAAGACAGCCAGUGGAUGACCCAGAUAAACAGACUCCAAAAGCUGAUUGACAGGCUGGAAAAGAAGGACCUAAAGCUCGAGCCAUUUGAAGAGGAAGUUUUGGAAGAAAAUGCAAAAUCUCACAUAAUGAUUGUCCAACGUCAAAUGUCUGUGAUAGAAGAAGAAAUCGUGGAGUUCCGGCUUGCUCUGAAGCAGUACGUGGAAUCUGCUUCUACUCAGGGUGGCUGCUUGCAUGUUUCAAUACAGAAGCUUCCAAGUGAUUCCCGCUUCAUAGUCUAUGAGUUCUGGGAGAACUCCAAUGCCUGGAAUAGCCACCUUCAAAUGAAUUACAGCAAGACAUUCCAAAGAAGUAAUGUGGACUUCUUGGAAACUCCUGAGCUCAUCACAACAAUGCUAGUCCCUGCAUCGUGGUGGGUCCUCAAUAACAACUAGAAGCUGUGGUUCCAAGUAAUGUUAAUGUUGCAUUGUUUUUCAUUACAAUAACAUUCAUAUAGCAGUGUACAGGUGCGUUGGGUUAUGAAUUUAUGAUGUGAUACCAUUUGUUAUUAUGGAUGUGAUCUUUUCCAUUUUAAAAUAUGGAAAAGUGCACAUUACCUUCCCCUCUUGUGACGAGUUCAGUGAAAUGAUGCAUUCUAAAAGCUGAAAUAAGACAACUACGCUAAACUGUUUAUUGUGUAUAUUCAGUCCAAACUGUAACAGAAAAGUGCACCUUGAUUGGUAUGACUAAAUAUUUGUGAAGUUUUA